AAACUAGGCGGAAUCGCAGGAGAGCACUUUCAGCCAAUCAGAGGCAAGACAGGCGGGACCUUCCUUGGACGUUCUACGUUUCCAAAUGUCUCGCCCCGGAGGGACGUCCGGUUGUAAAUAGUAAAUGACGGUACCACCUGCUCGGCCGCACAACAACCGGACCACAGCUGGAAGCUAUGAGCCGUCCGUCGUCUGCCGGAGGCGGAGGACUCGGAGCCGGCAAAGCAGGCGGAGGAAAGCACGGAGGCUCGGGAGGAGCAGCCUCAGCCGCCGCUGCAGCGGCAGCCGUCGCCGGUGUGGGGACUAUAGCCGGGUCGGGCUCUGUGUCGCUGCCCUCCGCCGUCCUUCCCGGGCAGCCCCCGGAGCUCACGGCGCUGUUCGAGUGUCCGGUGUGCUUCGACUACGUGCUGCCGCCCAUCCUGCAGUGCCAGGCGGGGCACCUGGUCUGUAACCCGUGCCGCCAGAAGCUGAGCUGCUGCCCGACCUGCCGCGUUCCGCUGAGCCCGAGCAUCCGGAACCUGGCCAUGGAGAAGGUGGCCUCCACACUACCGUUCCCCUGCAAGUAUUCAUCAGCCGGCUGCCAGCUGUCGCUCCACCACAGCGAGAAACCUGACCAUGAGGAGGUUUGUGAGUUCAGACCCUACACCUGUCCGUGUCCCGGAGCAACGUGCAAGUGGCACGGCUCACUGGAGGCCGUCAUGCCUCACCUGAUGCACGCCCACAAGUCCAUCACCACACUACAGGGAGAGGAUAUUGUCUUUCUGGCGACGGACAUCAACCUGCCCGGCGCCGUGGACUGGGUCAUGAUGCAGUCUUGUUUUAGCCACCACUUUAUGCUGGUUCUGGAGAAGCAGGAGAAGUACGAAGGACACCAGCAGUUCUUUGCUGUGGUUCUAUUCAUCGGCACCAGAAAGCAGGCUGAGAACUUUGCCUACCGGCUAGAGCUGAACGGGAACCGGCGCCGACUCACCUGGGAGGCCACACCCCGCUCCAUCAAUGACGGGGUGGCAGCUGCAAUCAUGAACAGCGACUGCCUUGUGUUCGACACCUCCAUUGCACACCUGUUUGCCGACAAUGGGAACCUUGGCAUCAAUGUCACUAUCUCCAUGUGCUGA